CCGCUGCGGAGCCGCCGCCCGCGUCGCUUCUCCUGGCCGGCCCUGACGAUGUCGUUUGCCAAGGCGACCUUGAAGCGAUUCAAUCACCCUUCUGGUUGUGCUCCAUCUCCAGGUGCUUAUGAUGUUACUGUCUCUGAAGUAUCUAAAGGACCAGUAUCUUUUCAGAAAUCUCAAAGAUUUAAAAAACAAAAAGAAUCUCAACAAAAUCUUGAUGACACAGACACUACCUUGCCUACUUCAGCUAAAAGAGCUAAGACUGUGGGAUUAAAGAAGGAAUCUCAAAAGAAUGAUAAAGAUUUGAAGAGUUUAGAAAAAGAGAUUCGUGUUCUUGUACAUGAACGUGGUACUCUGGGCAAGCAGAUCCAGGAUAUGGAAUCUGCGUUGGAGAAAAUGGAAGCAAAACUAACUGCUGCAGUCAGGGAAAAAACAACUCUGUCUGCAAAUAAUGCUUCACUGGAAAAACAGCUUAUGGAACUAACUAGAGCAAAUGAACUACUAAAAUCUAAGUUUACUGAUGAUGGUAACCAGAAGAAUAUGAGACUUCUCAGCCUGGAGUUGAUGAAACUUAGAAACAGAAGAGAAGCAAAAAUGAAGAAUAUGAUGGCUAAACAAGAAGGCAUGGAAGUGAAGCUACAGAUGACUGAAAAGAAUCUGGAAGAGUCUAAAGGGAAAAUAGCACAACUUGAGGGGAAACUUGUUUCAAUAGAGAAAGAAAAGAUUGAUGAAAAAGCUGAAAUAGAAAAACUCUUAGAAUACAUUGAAGAAAUUAGUUGUGCAUCGGAUCAGGUGGAAAAAUACAAGGUAGAUGUUGCCCAGUUGAAACAAGACUUGAAUGAGAAGAACCAUGAAGUUUUAAAUCUCAAGGAAUCUAUGGAGGAAAAAGUUGUAUUAGCUAAACAAGUAGAAGAACUCAAUGCUAAAUGUCAGCUACUUGAAAAAGAAAAAGAUGACCUCAUCAACAAGAAUAGAGAAAGGGAUGAAAAUCUAAAUGCUGAGAUACAAGACUUAAAAACGAAGCUUAUUCUUAAGAAACAAAAGUAUGAAAAAUUACAACAAGAAAAUUUGAAAAUUGAGUCACUUCUCCAACAAGAGAAGGAAUUAUCUUCUAGUCUUCAGCAGAACCUAUCUAAUUGUCAAGAAGAAAUUAUCAAAGAAAGGGAAAACUUUAAAGAAGAACUAAAAUCAACAUUAGAUGAGCUGGAGGAAGCACAGCAAAAGGACUUCCAGACUGAAAUACUGAUCAACCAGUUAGAAGUGGACACCAGAUCUGCAAAAAGAGAGCUAAGAGUCCUAAAAGAUCAACUGGCACAGAAAGAAGCUGAACUGGAGAACAAUAAUACUGCUCAUUUACAGGCUACCUUGAUUUUGCAGGGAACUUAUAAUAGUACAUUGAGAAACCUUGAAGAUGUUAAUGUUCAAUUUGAAAGCUAUAAAGCAGCAAAAGCAAGUGAGAUGGAAGCUCUUAAACUGGAGAAUGCAUCUCUCCAGGAAAAAGUAGCCAAAGCUGAAAAGCAUGCACAGGAUGUUCAACAUCAGAUAGUGACAACAGAAAGCACCAAUCGAGAAUAUGCAAGGAUGCUUGCAGAUCUCCAGAAGGAGUCUGCACUAAAAGAAGCAGAAAUUAAGGAAAUCACAGAUAGUUCACUUAAAAAGAUUACUGAUUUGCAGAACCAACUCAAACAAGAAGAGGAAAAUGUUAAGAAGCAACUAGAAGAUGAAGAAACAAGGAAAUCUGAGAAAGAAAAUAAAGUGGCGGAAUUAACAGAGGAAGUGAAUAAAUGGCGUCUCCUUUAUCAGGAACUAUAUGAGAAAACCAAACCUUUCCAGCAACAACUGGAUGCAUUUGAAGCAGAGAAGCAGGCACUAUUGAAUGAACAUGGUGCAACUCAGGAACAGCUGAAUAAAAUAAGAGAUUCCUAUGCGGAACUAUUGGGUCAUCAGAAUCUAAAGCAAAAAAUCAAGCAUGUUGUGAAAUUGAAAGAUGAAAAUAGCCAUCUUAAGUCGGAGGUGUCAAAACUCCAGUCUCAGCUUGCUAAAAGGAAACAAAGUGAACAAAAGCUUAAAGAAGAAUUGAAUAAAGUUCUGGGUAUCAAACGCUUUGAUCCAUCAAAGGCUUUUCAUCAUGAAUACAAAGAGAAUUUUGUUAAAACCCCAUUAAAGGAAGGUGAUACAAACUGCUACUAAGCUCCUAUGCAGUGUCAAGAAUCAUGCAAGAAGUAUCAGAAAUGUGCUGCCAAAGCCUAUUGGGAAUCAUUUUAUUUUUGUUGACUUUGUUGUUUUUAUUAAAUAUGUUUAUUCUGGAUAUUUGAUAAUAUAUUAAAUUUUAACUGCUUAUCUUUAGGUAUAUUAAAUGAAGUUGCACAUUUGUUUCUGAA